UCCCCCCACAGCAGCUCCACUCGGCAGCCUCUCCUUCCACUUCCACUCCGACCAGGCUGCCUCUUCCCACGCCACGCGCCGUGGAAAGCCCAGCAGCAACAGUCUGUGCGGGGAUAAAAACGGGUGGAAGAGUUCAGUGGAAAUUCUGCUCAUUUUAAACCGGACUGAAAAUGCGGGAAUCGAACCAGCAGCAGCGGCUGGACUUUCUCCAAAGGACUAACUGCAGCUGAAGAGGACGUCAACUUUUUUUGGACCCAGUUCCGUCCUGUAAUGUCGCCGCUUCUCAGCUUGUUAUGACUUGUUUUCGUGCUUUUCUUCCGUUUCUCGCGUGGGCCGUGUUUUAUAUGGACUGUUUUCCGAGUGGGAAAGGCGACACAAACUUCCACAUCUCAGGAAUUCAUCGCCGCGCGGUCCGUGAACGCCGCACGUAGCUAGCUAACUUGGUAGCGACUUUAAGGAUUGUUUGUAAAUGCUCCGAGAGGCGCGUGAAUCCCAGCGGGCGUCAGCGUGAAGAACAAAGGUUGCUGAGGCCACGGCUGGCCGCAGCUACAUGCUCCGUGGGAGCUUUUCCACGAGCCCAGCUGCUUUAAACCAAGCCGCUCCGCCGUUAGCCUCCGCAGCUAACGUCCCAACAUGCCGCAGCUGAGCGGAGACGACCUGGGGGCCAACGAUGAGCUGCUCGCCUUCAAGGACGAGGGCGAACAGGAGGGGAAGCCCAACGUGUCCUCAGAGAGGGACCUGGACGAUGUCAAGUCCUCCCUGGUCAACGAGUCCGAGACCCCCAGCAGCCCAGACUCGGAGGCAGACAGGCGCCCCCCCCACCCAGAUGCUGAGAGCAGCGCGAGGCUGGCCCUGCAGCUGGAGGAAGGGCGGCGGAGGCUGCAGGGCGCCGGCCUCUACCAACCGUCUCCCUACGUCAGCUACCCCUUCUUCAUGAUCCCGGACCUGGGGAACCUCUGCAGCCCCUACCUCGCUAACGGAGCGCUGACCUCCAGCGGCAGAACGUACCUGCCGUUCCAAUGGCCGCUCCUCGACCUUCCAGGAAGGGCAGGCGUCAGAGACUCUGCUGCUCCCACACACCUGGUAGGACCCGCUCACACUCACACCAUUCAGACGCUGAACCGCACCACCUCCUGUCUGCCUGUAGAGGGCAGUGCCUCUAAAGCAGCGUUUUUCAACCCUGGUCCUCAAGGCAGCGUUUCCGUGCAGACAGCGGCAGGUCGGAGGAUUAACCGUGUCUGUUUCUCCGUCUGCAGGCCGGGCCAGACCAUGUAUCCCAUGGCGGGGGGGUUCUCACCUGCAGCGCUCGCCGUCAACGCCUCCAUGUCCAGUCUGAUGUCCAGCAGCUUCUCUCCACACUUGGUUCCCACCUCCCAGCCGUCUCUGCUUCGCCCCCCCAUGGUUCCUGCAGUGAAGCAGGAGCCUGGAUGCAGCACCAGCCAGCAACCUGGGAGAUCCUCCUCCAGCUCUGAUCCAGACAAGGAGGAAGAGAGAAAGCCGCACAUCAAGAAGCCGCUGAACGCCUUCAUGCUCUACAUGAGGGAGGAGAGGCCUAAGGUGGUGGCCCAAUGCAACGUCAAGGAGAGCGCCACCAUCAACCAGAUCCUGGGCCAGCGGUGGCAUUCUCUGAGCAAAGACCAGCAGGCCACGUACUACGACCUGGCCCGCAAGGAGAGGCUGCUGCACUCCAAGCUGUACCCCAACUGGUCUGCCAGAGACAACUAUGGCAAGAAGAAGAAGAGGAAGAGGAUGAAGAGUGAAACUAAGCUUGAAGUUGCUGCCGCUGAGGAAGACUGCCCUCCACAGAUGAAGAAACCUCGGGAGGAGCAGCCACCGACCCGGACCCACCCGCCCAGCGCCACCCACCCCCCCAGCGUGUCCCACCUCACACACACCCACCUGUCCCAGGCCAGCCCCGCCUCUUCCCUGGACUCCCCGGCGACGCCCACCAUGUCGCUGGCGUCGCCGGCCGCUCCGGCCGCCACGCACACCGAGCACACGCUCUCCUCCUACAGCUCUCCGUACGGCGAGCAGCUGCAGCCGCUGUCCCUCACCACCAAACCGGGCCGCCCCCCUCACACCAUGGGACCCCCGUCCACAGACACAUCCACCUCCUCCCCCCCGUCAGCCUCCUCCAGGAGGUCCCCUCACCCGUUCCUCCCCCCCUCCCACCUGAAGCAGGGCGCCCUGUGAACGCUUUUAGAGCCAACCUUUUUAUAGAGCUGCCAUGUUUUCUACAAGCAGAUAUUUGGUCAAUAUUUGACUGCAUCUAUAAACUGUUUUUCACUCUUUUUCUACGAUUGGUUGUUGGUGAAAUUCGGUUCGGCACAAAAAACGUAUUUUUUUCACCUGUAGUUGUUUCUGUAAAGGUUCCCCUGUUAAUAAUAAAUCCACUCUGAG